CGCGGGCCAGCCCAGUGUGUGGGCGGCGGCGGUUGCAGAUUUUGCAGCGUGCGGGGCGAGGCUGUGGGGCCAAGAGAGGGGGGCAGCUGUUGGGCACGGGGGCACGUCCACGUGGCCACGGGUGGCCACCCCGAGUCAGUCGCGGUGGAGGGACAGGCCUGUCCCUCGUUACAGCUGUUGGUCAUGCCCACUGUCUGCCUUCUUCCAUUGCUAUUCUUCACCAUAGGAGGGUGCCUGGGUAGCAGCAGGCCGUUUCGUACCUUUGUGGUGACAGAUACCACACUGACUCACCUGGCCGUGCACCGAGUGACUGGGGAGGUGUUUGUAGGUGCCGUGAACCGAGUUUUCAAGCUAGCUCCAAACCUAACUGAGCUACGGGCCCAUGUCACAGGGCCCAUUGAGGACAAUGCUCGCUGCUACCCACCCCCUAGCAUGCGUGUGUGCUCCCACCGCCUGGUGCCUGUGGACAAUGUGAACAAGCUGCUCCUCAUAGACUAUGCAGCCCGUCGUUUGGUAGCUUGUGGCAGCAUCUGGCAGGGCAUCUGCCAGUUCCUUCGUCUGGAUGACCUCUUCAAGUUGGGUGAGCCUCACCAUCGCAAGGAGCACUAUCUGUCAGGGGCCCAGGAGCCUGAUUCCAUGGCUGGCGUCAUUGUUGAACAGGGCCAGGGGCCUAGCAAGCUGUUUGUGGGCACCGCUGUUGAUGGCAAGUCUGAGUACUUUCCCACCUUGAGUUCCCGUAAGCUCAUCGACGAUGAGGACAGUGGAGAUAUGUUCAGUCUGGUGUACCAGGAUGAGUUUGUCUCUUCUCAGAUCAAGAUCCCUUCAGACACACUGUCCUUGUACCCUGCCUUUGACAUCUACUACAUAUAUGGCUUUGUCAGUGCCUCCUUCGUGUACUUCUUAACAUUGCAGCUGGACACCCAACAGACGCUGUUGGAUACAGCAGGCGAGAAAUUCUUCACAUCCAAGAUCGUGCGCAUGUGUGCAGGGGACUCAGAGUUCUACUCUUAUGUAGAGUUCCCUAUUGGCUGCUCCUGGCGUGGUGUGGAGUACCGCUUGGUGCAGAGUGCCCAUCUGGCCAAGCCAGGCCUGCUAUUGGCCCAGGCUCUGGGUGUGCCAGCCGACGAGGAUGUCCUCUUCACCAUCUUCUCUCAGGGCCAGAAGAACCGAGCCAACCCACCUCGACAGACCAUCCUUUGCCUUUUCACCCUUAGCAGCAUUAAUGCUCACAUCCGGCGCCGAAUCCAAUCAUGCUACCGUGGGGAGGGCACACUGGCCCUACCCUGGCUGCUGAAUAAGGAGCUGCCCUGCAUCAACACCCCCAUGCAGAUCAAUGGAAACUUCUGUGGGUUAGUGUUGAAUCAACCAUUGGGUGGCCUACACGUGAUUGAAGGGCUACCCUUGCUGGCUGACAGCACUGAUGGCAUGGCCAGUGUGGCUGCCUACACCUACCACCAGCACUCUGUGGUUUUCAUCGGUACACGAAGCGGUAAUUUGAAGAAGGUGCGGGUCGAUGGCUCUCAGGAUGCCCAACUAUAUGAAACAGUCUCUGUGGUGCAGGGUAGCCCCAUACUUCGAGACCUGCUCUUCAGCCCUGACCACCAACACAUCUACCUCCUGAGUGAGAAGCAGGUGAGCCAACUCCCGGUGGAGACCUGUGAGCAGUAUCUGAGCUGUGCUGCAUGCCUGGGCUCAGGGGACCCACACUGUGGUUGGUGUGUGCUACAGCACAGGUGCUGCCGUGAAGGGGCCUGUCCAGGUGCCUCUGCCCCACAUGGCUUUGCAGAAGAGCUGAGCAAAUGUAUACAGGUGCGGGUCCGACCCAAUAAUGUGUCAGUGACAUCCUCUGGGGUGCAGCUGACAGUAGCCAUGCGCAACGUGCCAGACCUCAGUGUGGGUGUAAGCUGUUCCUUUGAGGAGGUGACUGAAAGUGAGGCUAUUCUGCUGCCCUCUGGAGAGUUACGAUGCCCUUCACCAUCCCUUCAGGAACUUCAGACACUUACCAGAGGGCAUGGGGCCACUCAUACUGUGCGGCUUCAGCUGCUCUCCAUGGAGACUGGUGUGAGGUUUGCUGGGGUUGACUUUGUCUUCUACAACUGCAGUGCCCUUCAGUCGUGUAUGUCCUGUGUUGGCAGCCCUUACCCCUGCCACUGGUGUAAGUACCGUCAUGUGUGUACCAGCCACCCACACGAGUGCUCCUUCCAGGAGGGCAGGGUCCACAGCCCUGAGGGCUGCCCAGAGAUCCUGCCUCGAGGGGACCUCUUGAUUCCUGUGGGUGUCAUGCAGCCUCUAACUCUUCGGGCUAAGAACUUGCCACAGCCUCAGUCAGGACAGAAGAAUUAUGAAUGUGUGGUCCGUGUACAGGGACGGCAGCAUCGGGUACCUGCAGUGCGCUUUAACAGCAGCAGCGUGCAGUGCCAGAAUGCCUCGUACUUCUAUGAAGGUGAUGAGUUUGGUGACACUGAACUGGACUUCUCUGUGGUCUGGGAUGGAGAUUUCCCCAUUGAUAAGCCUCCUAGCUUCCGAGCCCUUCUUUACAAGUGCUGGGCUCAGCGGCCUAGCUGUGGCCUCUGCCUCAAGGCUGAUCCCCGAUUCAACUGUGGCUGGUGCAUCUCUGAGCACAGGUGCCAGCUUCGGGCUCACUGCCCAGCUCCCAAAAGUAACUGGAUGCACCCCAGCCAGAAGGGUGCCCGAUGCAGCCAUCCCCGAAUCACCCAGAUUCAUCCACUCACAGGACCCAAGGAGGGUGGCACCCGGGUCACCAUUGUGGGUGAGAACCUGGGCCUCACUUCCCGGGAGGUUGGCCUUCGAGUAGCUGGUGUACGUUGCAACUCAAUUCCCACUGAAUAUGUCAGUGCUGAAAGGAUCGUAUGUGAGAUGGAGGAAUCGCUGGUGCCCAGCCCACCACCUGGGCCUGUUGAGCUCUGUGUAGGUGAUUGUUCUGCUGACUUCCGCACACAGUCCCAGCAACUCUACAGCUUUGUGAUUCCAUCGUUUGACCAUGUGAGUCCUACUCGGGGCCCAGCUUCUGGGGGCACUAGGCUUACCAUCUCUGGAACUUCUCUGGAUGCCGGCAGCAGGGUCACAGUGAUUAUAAGAGAUGGCGAGUGCCAGUUUGUGAGGAGAGAUGCCGAGGCAAUCGUGUGCAUCUCACCUGUCUCCACCCUGGGUCCCAGUCAGGCCCCUAUCAUCCUUGUCAUCGACCAUGCCAACAUCUCUAGCACUGGAGUCAUCUAUACCUACACCCAGGACCCUACUGUUACACACCUUGAGCCCACCUGGAGCAUCAUCAAUGGAAGCACCUCCAUCACCGUGAGUGGAACCCAUCUGCUGACAGUUCAGGAACCCCGUGUAAGAGCCAAGUACCGUGGUAUUGAGACCACUAAUACAUGCCAGGUUAUCAACGACACUGCGAUGCUAUGUAAGGCCCCUGGCAUCUUCCUUGGGCAUCCUCAGCCUCGGGCCCAAGGCGAGCACCCUGACGAGUUUGGCUUCUUGCUGGACCAUGUGCAGGCAGCCCGCUCCCUCAACCGUUCUUCCUUCACCUACUACCCUGAUCCCAGCUUUGAACCACUUGGGCCCUCUGGUGUGCUAGAUGUCAAACCUGGUUCACAUGUUGUAUUGAAGGGCAAGAACCUGAUCCCUGCUGCAGCUGGCAGCUCCCGCCUCAACUACACAGUGUUGAUUGGAGGACAGCCAUGUGCACUAACUGUCUCAGAUACUCAACUUCUGUGUGAUUCCCCCAGCCAGACAGGCCGGCAGCCUGUUAUGGUGCUGGUGGGUGGCCUGGAGUUCUGGUUGGGCACCCUACACAUCACUACUCCCCCGAAUGUGGAGAAGGCCCUGCGCCUAUUUGGACAGUUGCUGCACAGCCGUGCCUUCCUGCUCACCUUCAUCCACACUUUGGAGGCCCAGAGCAGUUUCUCCAUGCGUGACCGUGGUACUGUAGCCUCACUCACCAUGGUGGCCCUGCAGAGCCGGCUUGACUAUGCCACUGGGCUGCUCAAGCAACUGCUGGCUGACUUGAUAGAGAAAAACCUUGAGAGCAAGAACCACCCAAAGCUGCUAUUGCGCAGGACAGAGUCAGUGGCUGAGAAGAUGCUUACCAACUGGUUCACAUUCCUGCUGCAUAAGUUCCUGAAGGAGUGUGCCGGGGAGCCACUCUUCCUGCUGUACUGCGCCAUCAAGCAGCAGAUGGAGAAAGGUCCCAUCGAUGCCAUAACAGGCGAGGCCCGCUACUCCUUAAGUGAGGACAAGCUCAUCCGGCAGCAGAUCGACUAUAAGACCCUGACUCUGCAUUGUGUGUGCCCGGAGAGUGAGGGCAGUGCCCAGGUCCCUGUGAAGGUUCUUAACUGUGAUAGCAUCACCCAGGCCAAAGACAAGCUGUUGGAUACUGUGUACAAGGGUAUUCCGUACUCUCAGCGCCCCAAAGCUGAGGACAUGGACUUAGAAUGGCGCCAGGGCCGCAUGGCCCGAAUCAUCCUCCAAGAUGAGGACAUCACUACAAAGAUUGAGUGUGACUGGAAGAGGGUCAACUCACUGGCCCACUACCAGGUGACUGAUGGUUCCUUAGUAGCACUGGUGCCCAAACAAGUGUCUGCCUAUAAUAUGGCCAACUCAUUCACCUUCACCCGUUCACUUAGUCGCUACGAGAGCUUGCUCCGUGCUGCCAGCAGCCCAGAUAGCCUUCGUUCCCGAGCACCUAUGCUCACACCUGACCAGGAGGCGGGCACCAAGCUGUGGCAUCUGGUGAAGAACCACGACCAUGCUGAUCACCGAGAGGGAGACCGUGGCAGCAAGAUGGUCUCAGAAAUAUAUCUGACAAGGCUGCUGGCCACCAAGGGUACAUUGCAGAAGUUUGUAGAUGACUUGUUUGAAACUGUGUUCAGUACAGCCCACCGGGGCUCAGCCUUACCCUUGGCCAUCAAGUACAUGUUUGACUUCCUGGAUGAACAGGCUGACCAGCGCCAGAUCAGUGACCCUGAUGUGCGCCACACCUGGAAGAGCAACUGCUUGCCUCUGCGUUUCUGGGUGAAUGUGAUCAAGAAUCCGCAAUUUGUGUUUGACAUUCACAAGAAUAGCAUCACAGACGCCUGUUUGUCAGUGGUGGCCCAGACCUUCAUGGACUCCUGUUCCACAUCAGAGCACCGCCUGGGCAAGGACUCACCUUCCAACAAGCUGCUCUAUGCCAAGGAUAUUCCCAAUUACAAGAGCUGGGUGGAGAGGUACUACCGAGAUAUUGCAAAGAUGGCAUCCAUCAGUGACCAGGACAUGGACGCCUACUUAGUGGAGCAGUCCCGCCUCCAUGCCAAUGACUUCAAUGUCCUAAGUGCACUCAGCGAGCUCUACUUCUAUGUCACCAAGUACCGUCAGGAGAUCCUCACCUCACUGGACCGAGAUGCCUCUUGUCGGAAGCACAAGCUUCGACAGAAACUGGAGCAGAUCAUCACCCUGGUGUCCAGCAGCAGCUGAGUGGGGAGAUGGUGAGGAGGGGGCUUCUCGCUUCUGAGCCAUCCUCCCAGUCAGGGGAGUGUCUGGCUCUAGUCUGGGUCUCGAGGACUGAGACCCAGAUCUGGUGGAAUUGGGGAGGUUACCAAGCCAAGAUGCCCCAUCACACCUGGGCCCCCUUCAUUAGUGCCUUGCUUUGGGCCCUGCAGGAGAAGGGGAUGACAGCACCCAGCUUCCCCCACCAGCAGCAGCAAUAUCCCCACCCUCUUGCCCUGGUGUUCCCAUGUCAGAAGAGCCCUUGCUCUCCUUGCUCUGGCAUCCUACCCACCUAUUUAUUAAUGUAAUUCUACUUUAAUUUCCAUAUGUAAAUAUAUAUGCCCCAUGGGAUGUUACUAGCCUCACAGACCUCUUCUUUGGUUGAUCUGAGUCCUGUUUCCUGUUCUGGUUCCUUUGUGACACUGCAAGCCUUGGCUCAGCCUCUGGCAUCUCACCUUUGCUGAGUCAGGCCCCACUUAUUCUAAGAAGAGAUCCUCAGUACCAGCAGCAUUCGGGGUUGGAUGAUGCAUCUGAAGCUGCCCUCAGAUUGGCCAGGCCAGGCUAGACCAGGCCAAUGUCUCUCUUCAGAUAUCUCAGGAGUCAGACCACAUUUUCAUGGGGCCUGUUGUCUCUGAGAGAACUAUAACCAGGCUGUGAUUGGGCCUGAUGUGGGCCUGGGCCUCUGGGACAUUGCUUGUGUCCCUACUGCCAAAUUUCCUCAGUGUUGUAGGCACUUGCCCUGAACCCUCUCAGCCUCAGCUGCCCCAUCACAUGCCCAUCCCUAAGGGCCAAGGUGGCAGUGCCUUACUGUUUUGUGUUUCCUGCUUCUUCUGAGGAAUCUGGCCCUGUCUGAUGGUCCCAGACCCACAGUCCACUCUUCUUUUGUUGCAUGAGUUUUUCUUCAUUGUUGUAAUUUUUUUCCUAAUUAAAUGUUGGGAAAUGGGGUCAGUGCAUGUCUUUGUCUUUGGAGAAAGUGGGUAGACCUGUUGGACUAUGGCUGAACUAGAUUCCCACUGUGGGGAAAAAUGUAACUCUAUAGGACUUCUGAUGAUUUGAGGAAGGCCAUGGCCAUGUAUAAUCCAUUAGCCAAUCCUUGCGGUUCUAGCUUCAAGACUGAAUAAAUCUGUUUCCUUCUUGCA